AUGCUGCGCUUUGGAGAUGGUAACUAUAGUGGGAAUCUUCCUUUUGGACCUCUCAUCACCCGUCUUUUGUAUCGGUUGCACUUCGAUCUGCGUGACAAGGUCAUCAUAAGCAAUGUGCUCGAGGAUUUGUGCCAGAAUCACAUUCUUAUUCGCCUGGAUGCUGGUGUUGGCCGUCGUAAGCUUGUCACUGGCUCAGGGGGAGGAGCUGGUAGCUUAUCUGCUUGCUUUGAAGAAACAUCCCCUGACCUGGCUCCAACGCUGGUUCCAGCGUUAAUCAGGGUUGUUGUUUCCGCCAUUGAUGCUGAAGUUUUGAGAAUCAAAACUAUUGGGUCGGAUCAAGAUGGUCUGAGCAAAGCCUCACUUGGUUUGAUGGUCUGCAAGGAACGUCUGGAACUUAUGCAAGCACCUCAAGGAGAUCUGGAGGAUGAGGCAGUGCUUGCCCCAGAGGAUUUCGAUCCUAUGUCCUCGGGUUCUGGGUCUGAUGAUGACAUCUCAGACUAUGAAUCUCCUCCUAAAUACCCUUUCUAG